UGGUUCCAGAUCUCUUGCUAAAGUUUCAACUAAAAUAUGUUUCAUAAACCUCAACUUUUUAUUGUAAUAAUGGCUGCUUUGGCUUGGAACGUGAUGCCAUUUAGUCUGCAAUUUAUGGGAAAUAUGAAGCAUCCGGAUCUACCAAAUCACUGUUAUUUUGAAGAGUAUAAUAUUACCAUACCGGUAAAUAGAACAGUUUAUCCCACCAAUUUAGAUGCGGUGUGUUUUAAGGUCUAUUGCCGGGAAGACUAUGUAUUGCAAAUUAAACAUUGUGAUCGUAUGAUGGCUCCCCGACACUGUGAUGAAAGUCCCUAUGACUUUAGUAAACCUUAUCCUCAAUGUUGCCCCAUUCUUAAAUGCAAAAAUGAUAUUUAUUUUUAAUUAUUAAUGCAAUAUUUAGUAUUUAAUUAAUAUUUUAUUAGUAUUAUGGAUUAG